AUGGGCAAGCUGAUUCGUCUCGAGCUAUUCAACUUCAAGUCAUACAAAGGACAUCAUGUUCUUCUCUUUGGAGAUUCGUAUUUUACUUCCAUCAUUGGACCCAAUGGAUCCGGCAAAUCCAAUUCCAUGGACGCCAUUUCUUUUGUUUUAGGCAUCAAAUCCUCACACCUGCGUUCUGCUCAUCUGAAGGACCUUGUCUACCGUGGACGAGUCCUAAAAACGGCCAAGAUCAACGACGAUGGUUCAGCACAAACUAACGGUGAUGCAAACGGUGACGCCGACGGCAACGACAAGGCUUCUCGCGGUGACCCAAAAACAGCUUGGGUUAUGGCUGUGUACGAGGAUGACGCCGGAGAGGAGCAGAAGUGGAAGCGUUCCAUUACAAACCAAGGCGCCAGCGAGUACCGAAUCAACGACCGUGUUGUCACCGCCCAGCAAUAUAAUGAAUCUCUCGAAACCGAAAACAUUCUUAUCAAGGCUCGAAACUUUCUCGUAUUCCAGGGAGAUGUCGAGGCCAUUGCUUCGCAGUCUCCUCAAGAUCUCACGCGCCUGAUUGAGCAGAUCUCUGGAUCCCUGGAGUACAAAGCGGAAUACGAGAAGACACAAGCCCAAGCCGAACAAGCUGCCGAGAACCAGAACUUUCAGCUCCAUCGACGACGUGGCAUUAACUCGGAAAUUAAGCAAUAUCGCGAGCAGAAAAAGGAAGCCGACAAUUUUCAGAACAAGACCGAUGAGCGUGAUGCAGCCAUAGUUACACACAGUCUGUGGAAGCUAUACCAUUUUCAAAAGGCUAUGGAUGACUCUUAUGCCGCAAUUCAGGACCACCAGGAAGAUCUCAAGGAGCUACGUCGCAACGUGGAAUCGUUCGAGAAGAGGCUUGAUGCUGCUAGAAAGGAGCAGGCUGCCGCCGGUCGCCAAGUGGCCCGUAUCGACAAAGAGAUCAAGACCAAGGCAAGAGAUAUCGAGGAUAAGGAGAACAGUCUCGUCCCCGUUGAGGAAAAGAUAAACGAAUCUUCCCAGGAUGUCCAAAAGCUUCAGGCUCAAAUUGCUAAAAUCACUAAAGAUCGUGAUGAUCAGGCCGAGGUUGUUCUCCAGGUUCAAAAGGACAUUGAAAGUGUGGAGAAGGCUCGUGAAGUCUUUGAGAAUGCCUACAAAGAACAGAUAAAAAAGCAAGGCCGUGAGGUCAGCGACGAGGAUCGCCGGGAGUUUAACCGACUUCGUGCUCAAGUUAUGUCCCGAACAGGUUCCAAUCAAGCUAAGCUUGAGAAUCUUGACCGGCAGCGCAAGGCAGACGAGGUCACGGUCAACAACCUGAAAGGAAAAGUCGACAGCAUUGCAGCAGGCAUUGAGAAGAUUGAAGCGGAACUCACAAGCAUUGAGGAGCGCAGGUCUGCAGCGCAGACUACCUCCAAAGAUCUUGCGCAAGAGAUUGAUGCCAAGAAGAAGGAAUUCAACCAGCUGCAAUCCGAACGCGUCAGAACCAACCAGAAGCGAACUGAGCUCGAGGAGAAGCUCGAAGAUGUGGCCAGAAAACUUAGGGAGGCCGACGAUGGUCGUCGCCAGAACGACAGGGAGGCCAGGAUGAAAGAGAUGGUAACUGCUUUGAAACGCAUGUUCCCAGGGGUCCGCGGCCGCAUCGGUGACCUCUGCAAACCGAAACAGAAAAAGUUUGAUGAGGCUGUUAUUGUCGCACUUGGACGAGACUUUGACUCUGUCGUUGUUGAUUCCGAGAAGAUCGGUGUCGAAUGCGUUCAGUAUCUCAAAGAGCAAAGAUUCCCGCCUAUGACCUUCAUCCCUCUGGACAACAUCAAGGUCAACGCUGUCAACACCGCUGUCAAAGGGUUUUCUGGUGCUAGACUGACAAUUGACACCAUCGACUUCGACUCCGCUGUUGAGCGUGCUAUGUCCUAUGCAUGCGGAAGCUCCGUUGUAUGCGAUAGCCUUGAUAUCGCCAAACACAUCUGCUACGAAAAGCGAAUCCCCGUCAAAGCUGUGACACUGGAAGGCUACAUUAUCCACAAAGCAGGUUUGAUGACUGGUGGUCGUGGACCUGAAUCUAAGAGCAAGAGACGCUUUGAGGAGGCCGAUGUUCAGAAUCUUCAACGAAUGGCCACCAAGCUAAAGGAUGAGAUCGAUCGACUUCCCAAGGCUGAUCGCCGUGGUACACAGGAAGAAUCACUUCAAAUCGAGCUGUCCGGACUCGAGAGGCGAUUAGCAGCCGUCAAGGAUGAACUGGCCGCGUUCAACAAGAACCAUGCUAGCAAGAAGCGCGAGCUGGAGAAUCAGAGGAGGCAGCUUAGAGAGCUCGAGCCCAAGUACCAAGAGCAGGCCUCGCAACUCGAGAGUACCACUAGCACAUGUGAAGAGUUUCGGGAUGCUAUCGCACGAGUUGAAGAUGAAGUAUUUGCAGAUUUCUGCAGACGACUGGGCUAUAGUGAUAUUCGUGCCUACAGAGACUCUCAAGGCAAGCUAGAGCAAGAGAUUUCUGAGAAGCGCAACGAGUUUGAGGUUCAGAAGCAAAGACUGUCCGCCCGACUUGAGUGGGAGCAGAAGCGUAAUGACGACACUACAUCGCGAAUUGAUAGAAUCAAGAGCCGCGUUCAGCGUCUCAGGAAGGACAUCAAUACUUACACCAAAGAAAAGGAUGAAAUAGAGAACACCAUGCGCGAAGAGCAGGAAGAGUUGGAGGCUCUCCACGAGACGCUGGAUGAGAACAAGACAGAGCUUGCCGAGAAGAACCAGAAGGUUUCCGAGGCCAAGGCUGAGGUCCAGAAACGUUCUAAAGAUAUCGACACACAUCUAAAAGACAUCAACGCUCUUGAGACAAUAGUCCAAAAGAACAGUUCUAGCAAAUCGGCAUUGCUUCGACGAUGCCGAUUGGAGCAAAUCCGCAUACCGCUUGUCGAGGGCACAUUGGACAACUUGCCCAAUGAAGAUGGGCUGCUUCACCAGGACCCAGAUGCGAUGGACCUUGAUGAAGAUGACGAGGAGAUGAUGGACCUGGCACUCGACAACCAUGGAAUUGCCAUCGACUUUGAUGGACUUGACGAUGAUCUCAAAGGCUCGGACGACCCAAGUGUAGAAGAGAGUCUGUCGGAGAAGAUUACAAACUUAACUUCCGAAUUGGAGAAGCUAAACCCCAACAUGCGAGCUAUGGAGAGGUUGGAGAGUGUCGAAUCUCGACUUAGAGUCACCGAUCAAGAGUUCGAAGAUUCAAAGACUGCAGCACUUGCGGCCAAAGAUGCUUUUAACGAGGUCAAGCAAAAGAGAUAUGACCUCUUCAACAAAGCUUUCAGUCAUAUCCAGGAGCAAAUAUCGCACGUUUACAAGGACCUCACCCGAUCAGAAGCAUAUCCUCUUGGUGGCCAGGCCUACCUGGACAUUGAAGAGGACACAGAUAUGCCUUACUUGUCUGGCAUCAAAUACCAUGCGAUGCCUCCUCUGAAACGUUUCAGAGAUAUGGAACAUUUAUCAGGAGGUGAAAAGACCAUGGCGGCACUGGCACUUUUAUUUGCUAUCCACAGCUACCAACCUAGUCCCUUCUUUGUCCUCGACGAAGUUGAUGCCGCCUUGGACAACGCUAAUGUGGACAAAAUCAAGAAGUACAUCAAGGACCACCGUGGUCCGGGUAUGCAAUUCAUUGUUAUCAGUCUUAAGGCGGGUCUCUUCCAAGACAGUGACAGCCUGGUGGGUGUUUACCGAGAUCAAGAGGUGAAUAGUUCAAGAACUUUGACUCUAGAUUUGCGACAAUAUGUGUAA